AUAUAAUAUUAAAAAAAAAUGGGUCGCGUUAGAACUAAGACUGUCAAGAAAGCUUCUCGUGUUCUUAUCGAAAAGUAUUAUCCUCGCCUCACUCUUGAUUUCCAAGUCAACAAGAAGAUUCUUGAUGAAGUCUCCAUCAUUCAAUCCAAGCGUCUUCGUAACAAGAUCGCUGGUUUCACCACUCACUUGAUGAAGCGUAUCUCUCGCGGCCCUGUUCGUGGUAUCUCCUUCAAAUUACAAGAAGAGGAGCGUGAACGUCGUGACAACUACGUUCCCGAAUUCUCUGCUUUGGAUACCACUCACAUUGAAAUUGAUCCCGAAACUGAGGCUUUGCUUAAGGCUAUCAACUUUGAUAACCUUCCUGGUGUCAGCGUUACUGCUCCCGUUGCAAACAAUGCUCCCCGCAACAACACUCGUGGUCCUCGUGCCCCUCGCAACAAGACUGCUUAAAUUGUAGCCUAAGACUACUUAGUAGUAUCUUCCAUUUACGUCUUUUUUAUCUAUUGAUUGAAAAUGUAUAUGUUAUCCUAUAAUAAAUAGCGAAAGAGUGUAAAUAUUUGCUUAUGUUGGAUUAUACCAUGAAAUUCAUUCUACCUCGU